ACAAGACGCGUGCAUUUAUUAACGGUUUUUUGUAUGAUUUUUUUACUUACAAGAUGAAUUAAUGGAAAUAAUUAUUGAUGAAUAAUAAGGAAAAUUUUAUGAAAAGCAUAAAUAUUGAUAAUCAAUGGAAAAUUAUGUUACCAAAUUAUUUAUGGCGACAAUAGUAAAUUGAAUUGAAUGACAAUUGACAAAAUUAUAGAUAAAUUUCAACAACAACUUUCAACCGAUUUCCCGAUUCUUAGAACAAUGCUCGAAGAUCUAGAAUGUCAUUCAGAUAUUGCAAUUUCACGGAGAAUCGCAUCUAAUGCAAUUUCACCAGAACUCGAAGAGUCAGUGAAUACGGCAAUUAAUAUCAUAAUUAAAAGUAUGGGACAUCAACGAGAGAAAGUCAGAAAAUUGAGAAAAAAAUUCAAUCGACUUGUGAAGGGAACAUUAUUUAUAAAUAUAAUCAAUGAUAUAGCGUUAAAAACAGAGAUGGAAGUUGAAUUGUUAGAGUCUGGGAGUGCUGACUCAUUUUAAAAAAUCUCGUAAAAUUUAAAUUGACUGUACA